UUAUAGAAUGCUUGGAAAGCACGGAAGAAUGAAGAAGAGAAGGAGAGAUGAUAAGGAGGAAGCAUUCAAGAAUGCUAGCAAUGAUAAGGAAGAUGUGACCGAUGAGCACAUAAAAAUGGGGAGUGAGAAACGUGUAAUGGAGAGAAAGAAGAAGAAAGUUGGAAAAAGUGGCAGAGAAAUCAAAAUUAUCAGCUGGAAUGUUGCUGGUCUCAGGGCAUGGAUUAAGAAGGAUGGCCACUCAAUUUUGGUUAAAGAGAAUCCGGAUAUUGUUGCUCUACAAGAAACAAAAUGUGUGGAAGUUCCAAAUGAAUUGCAAAAUGGUUACUACAGUUUCUUGAAUACUUCUGAAAAGUCUGGACACGGCGGUGUAUUAUUACUUACAAAAGAGGAGCCGAUAAAGGUAACAUAUACUUUUGAUGACAAAUCUAAGUCUGGUCUGGAUGGGAAUGGUAAAGGACGGAUUAUUAUUGCUGAAUAUGAGAAUUAUUACCUUAUUAACGCUUAUGUUCCGAAUAGUGGACGUGGUCUAGUGAACCUUGACAAACGAAAGUUUUGGGAUGACUGCUACUUCAGUUUUAUUAAAAAACUUGAUUUAAAUAAACCUAUUGUGUAUGUUGGAGACCUAAACGUUGCGCAUCAGGAAAUUGACUUGGCGAAUCCGAAAACCAAUUAUAACAAGACAGCUGGAUUCACGGAUCAGGAACGGAAUGAUUUUACUCGGUUGCUUGACGCCGGGUUUGUGGAUGUUUUUCGCAGAUUAAAUCCAGAAAAAGAAGGUGUUUAUACAUUUUGGUCGAACAUGCGCAACGCUAGAGAAAAGAAUGUCGGUUGGAGGCUCGAUUAUUUUGUGGUUAGUGAACGAAUUAUGAAUAAAGUAAAGGAGUGUGAUAUUCUCUGUUCAGUCAAGGGAAGCGACCACUGUCCCCUGAGUCUUACAAUUGAAUUGUGAGAUCUAACCAUUGAAUGUUUUUGUACUGGGUCUUGUUAUGAUACAUAGUAUUUUGAGAUCUUGAAAUUCAUUUGCAUUUCAAAAUCCAAACUUCUUAUCUGUUCAUUAGGGUCACUUCCAAAUAGUGUACCUUGAGGAACAUUUUUUGUCUCCCAUUGCGUUUAUUCCUAACCAGUUUAUUUGCUUGUUCAUUUGUUACUUUGCAUUUGUUCGUUCCAUGUAUUUCUUUGUUUUUCUGGGCAAGCUUUAAGCUGCAGGUCCUUAUGUCGCUGAAAUAGUUUUAACAAGAUAUUUGAAUAAAUUUAUGCCACGA